AGACCCUGGCGGACAGCAGCAGGGAAGGAGGUUGGACCGGGAACAAUAGAGAGAAACGAAGCCAGCCCUGAAACACCAAACAAACCAAGAGGGCGACAGAAAGAAAGAAAGCUAGCGAGGGGGAUGGAGGGAGAGAGAGAGAGAGGAGAACGGAGAACAUGUGAGGAAUAAAAAAAAAAGACGUGAGGAUUUUCCGGAGCGGAGGGCUUUUUUUUUUUUUUUUUAAAUUUCAGUCUUUCUUUGUCGGUGGAUUGUAUUGAACCGGAUUCCGGUAUGAACCCUGCAGAAGCGGCCGAGGAGGCGCCCAGCGACCCCGACACUGAUGCCUUCUACAAAACAGGGUCAUUCAGGACUGAAGGCAUCAAGGCGUCUGACGUUCUUCCUGUGUUAAAGGAGAAAGUUGCCUUUGUGUCAGGUGGGCGAGAUAAAAGAGGAGGACCAAUCCUGACAUUUCCCGCCAGGAGUAACCACGACCGAAUAAAACAGGAAGACCUGAGGAGGCUGGUAACCUACCUGUCUACUGUUCCCAGCGAGGAUGUGUGCAAACGGGGUUUUACCGUCAUCAUCGACAUGCGUGGUUCUAAGUGGGAACUGAUCAAGCCUCUGCUGAAGACCCUGCAGGAGUUUUUCCCGGCUGAGAUCUGCGUGGCGCUCAUCAUCAAACCGGACAACUUCUGGCAGAAACAGAAGACCAACUUCGGCAGCGCAAAGUUCUCCUUUGAGACCAGCAUGGUGUCAGUUGAAGGUCUGGCCAAACUGGUGGAUCCCUCCCAGCUGACGGACGACUUUGAAGGCUCUCUGGAUUACAACCAUGAGGAGUGGAUGGAGCUUAGGGUCUCUCUGGAGGAGUUCAUGUCCAACGCUGUUCACCUAUUGUCCAGACUGGAGGACCUGCAGGAGCUUCAGUCCAAGAAGGAGUUUCCUGCAGAUGUGGAGGGAUCUCGUCGGUUGAUAGAGGAGCACACACAGCUGAAGAAAAAGGUGCUGAAGGCUCCAGUGGAAGAGUUGGACCGGGAAGGCCAGAGGUUGCUGCAGUGUAUCCGAUCUAGUGAUGGUUUUUCAGGGAGGAACUGCAUCUCAGGCUCUGCUGACUUCCAGAGCCUGGUGCCCAAGGUUGCCAGUCUGUUGGAUAAGCUCCACUCCACGAGACAGCAUCUUCAUCAGAUGUGGCACGUCAGGAAGCUGAAGCUGGACCAGUGCUUCCAGCUCCGUCUCUUCGAACAGGACGCCGAGAAGAUGUUUGACUGGAUCAUCCACAACAAGGAAGUGUUCCUGCAGAGUCACACGGAGAUUGGCCGAAGUUACCAACAUGCUGUGGAGCUGCAGACUCAACACAAUCACUUCGCCAUGAACUCCAUGAAUGCCUAUGUAAAUAUCAACAGAAUCAUGUCAGUGGCAAGCCGCCUGGCAGAAGCCGGUCACUACGCCUCCACGCAGAUAAAACAGAUCUCAGGUCAGCUGGAUCAGGACUGGAAAAGUUUUGCUGCUGCACUUGACGAGCGCUCCACCAUCCUCGCCAUGUCGUCCGUCUUUCACCAGAAGGCUGAACAGUUCCUGUCCGAGGUGGAGGCCUGGUGUAAAGUCUGCAGUGAGGGAGGGUUACCAUCCGAGAUGCAGGAGCUGGAGCUCGCCAUCCACCGCCACCAGAGCCUAUACGAGCAGGUCACCCAGGCUUACACUGAGGUCAGUCAGGAUGGUAAAGCGCUAUUGGACGUCCUCCAGAGGCCUCUGAGUCCCGGCAACUCCGAUUCGCUGACAGCCACUGCCAAUUACUCCAAAGCGGUUCACUGCAUCCUGGAUGUGGUUCAUGAGGUCCUCCACCAUCAGCGACGUCUCGAAAAUAUUUGGCAGCAUCGAAAGGUCCGACUGCACCAGAGACUGCAGCUGUGUGUGUUCCAGCAAGAUGUCCAGCAGGUGAUGGACUGGAUAGAAAACCAUGGCGAGGCUUUCCUCAGCAAACACACUGGCGUUGGAAAAUCCCUUCACAGAGCCCGAGCCCUGCAGAAAAGACACGACGACUUUGAAGACGUAGCUCAGAACACAUACACUAAUGCAGAUAAGCUGCUGGAGGCAGCUGAACAGCUGGCUCAGACCGGAGAGUGUGACCCCGAGGAAAUCUACAAGGCAGCCAGACACCUGGAGGUCCGAAUCCAGGACUUUGUCCGCCGAGUGGAACACAGGAAACUGCUGCUCGACAUGUCUGUCUCCUUCCACACACACACCAAGGAGCUGUGGUCGUGGAUGGAGGAGCUGCAGAAGCAGCUGUUGGAUGAGGUGUGCUGCGAUUCGGUGGAUUCGGUUCAGACUCUGAUCCAGCAGUUUCAACAGCAGCAGACUGCCACACUGGAGGCAACGCUCAAUGUGAUUAAAGAGGGAGAGGAAUUAAUACAGCAGCUCAGAGAUGCAGCCAUGUCGACCAAUAAGACGCCACACUGCAGUUCCAUCGCACACAUCCAGGGGGUGCUGCAGCAGCUGGACGAAGCCCAGGGCCAGAUGGAGGAACUGUUCCACGAACGCAAAAUCAAGCUGGACAUCUUUCUCCAGUUACGCAUAUUUGAGCAGUACACUAUAGAGGUCACAGCGGAGUUGGACGCCUGGAACGAGGAUUUAUCCCGCCAGCUGACCGACACUGGCCGCUCAGGUGGUAGCAGCAGCAGCAGCAGUGGGGGAGGCGGCGCCUCCUCCGGCAGCGCAGAGGACAUUGGCCUGGCUGAGCAGAGGCUGAAGAGGCACGCCGAGAGGAAGGCAGCCAUGAACAACAUGACCUAUGAAGUGAUGCAGCAGGGUCAAGACCUACACCAGUACAUCAUGGAGGUCCAGGCUUCAGGGAUCGAGCUGACAGGAGAGAAGGACAUGGACUUGGCCUCUCAGGUUCAGGAGCUGCUUGAGUUCCUCCACGAGAAGCAGCAGGAGGUGGAGCUCAACGCACAGCACACGCACACACGGCUGGAGCAGACCUUGCAGCUACGCCACCUGCAGGCCGAGGUUAAACAGGUGUUGGGCUGGAUUCGUAAUGGCGAGUCCAUGUUGAAUGCCAGCAUGGUGAAUGCCAGCUCUCUGUCUGAGGCCGAGCAGCUGCAGAGGGAACAUGAACAGUUCCAGAUGGCUAUAGAGUCUCUCUUCCAUGCUAACUCUCUCCAGAAGACUCAUCAGAGUGCUCUGCAGGUCCAGCAAAAGGCUGAGAUGGUGCUACAGGCAGGUCACUAUGAUCCAGAGGCAAUCCGAAGCUGUGCUGAGAAAGUGGCUGUUCACUGGCAGCAGCUGAUGCUGAAGAUGGAGGACCGCCUGAAGCUCGUUAAUGCCUCUGUGGCCUUCUACAAGACGUCUGAACAGGUGUGCAGCGUGUUAGAGAGCCUGGAGCAGGAGUAUCGGCGGGAUGAAGACUGGUGUGGCAGCCAUGAUAAACUGGGAAUGUCGGGCGACAGUGACCACCUUCUACCUCUGAUCAGUAAACACCUGGAGCAGAAAGAAGCCUUCCUCAAGGCAUGCACCCUGGCCCGGAGGAACGCUGAGGUGUUUCUGAAGUACAUCCACAGGAACAAUGUGAGCAUGCCUGGAGCCACCAGUCAUGCCAGAGGGCCCGAACAACAGGUCAAAGCCAUUCUGAAUGAGCUGCUGCAGAGAGAAAACAGAGUCCUUCACUUCUGGACACUAAAGAAACGAAGGCUGGACCAGUGUCAGCAGUACCUGGUGUUUGAACGCAGUGCCAAACAGGCACUGGAUUGGAUCCAAGAGACAGGUGAAGUUUACCUGGCCACACACACGUCACCUGGUGACAGCAGCGAGGAAACACAGCAGCUGCUCAACGACUACCAUCACUUCAGACUUUCUGCCAAGCAAACCAAGGAGAAGGUGAAGCUGCUGAUCCAGUUGGCAGACAACCUGGUGGAGAAAGGCCACGCCCACGUGUCGGAGCUGAAGCGCUGGGUCAGCACGGUGGACCGCAGAUAUCGCGACUUCUCCCUACGCAUGGGCAAAUACCAGGAGAGCCUAGAGAGGAGUCUGGGGGUCAGCUCCGAGGACAAUAAAGACUUGGAGUUGGACAUUAUCCCCGCCAGCCUGACGGACGACCCCGAGGUCAAACUGCGUGACCCCAACCACGAGGUCAACGAGGAAAAGAGGAAGUCCGCCAGGAAGAAAGAGUUCAUCAUGGCAGAGCUUCUACAGACAGAGAAGACCUACGUCAGAGAUCUUCAUGAGUGUCUGGAGACCUACCUGUGGGAGAUGACCAGCGGCGUGGAGGAGAUUCCUCCAGGCAUUGCCAACAAGGAGCACAUCAUCUUCGGCAACAUGCAGGACAUCUACGACUUCCACAACAAUAUUUUCCUGAAAGAGCUGGUGAACUAUGAGCAACUACCAGAGGAUGUCGGUCACUGCUUCGUCACCUGGGCUGAUAAGUUCCACAUUUAUGUAAAUUACUGUAAGAACAAACCCGACUCCAGCCAGCUCAUACUGGAGCAUGCCGGCACCUUCUUCGAUGACAUUCAGCAGAGACGUGGACUGGCUAACUCCAUCUCCUCCUACCUCAUCAAACCAGUCCAGAGGAUCACCAAGUACCAACUAUUGCUUAAGGAGUUACUGUCUUGUUGUGAGGAGGGUAAAGGGGAGAUUAAGGAUGGUUUGGAGGUGAUGCUCAGUGUUCCCAAGAGAGCUAAUGAUGCCAUGCAUCUCGCCAUGUUGGAAGGCUUUGAGGAAAACCUGGAGGUGCAGGGCGAGCUGAUCCUGCAGGACAGUUUUCAGGUCUGGGAUCCACGCUCGCUGAUCAGGAAGGGGCGGGACCGACACCUCUUCCUGUUUGAGUUCUCCCUAGUCUUCAGCAAGGAGAUCAAAGACUCGGCUGGCAGGACCAAGUACCAAUACAAGAACAAACUACUGACGUCAGAGUUGGGUGUGACCGAGCACAUUGAGGGCGAUCCGUGUAAAUUUGCCCUGUGGGCGGGAAGAACCCCCUCCUCUGACAAUAAAACUGUGCUAAAGGCGUCCAGUAUGGAAGCUAAACAGGAGUGGAUUAAAAACAUCAGGGAGGUGAUCCAGGAGAGGAUGACUCACCUCAAGGGGGCACUCAAGGAGCCUCUUCACAUGCCUAAAGCACCAGCACUGACCAAACCCAGGAAUAACACCAAGAGGGAGGGAGGUGAAGAUGGAGACAGUCAGGGAGACGGCAGCAGCCAACCAGAUACCAUCUCCAUCGCCUCCAGAACGUCCCAGAACACUGUAGACAGCGACAAGCUCUCUGGUGGUUGUGAGUUGACAGUCGUCCUUCAGGACUUCACAGCAGGAUGCAGCACGGAGAUGUCUGUCAGCACCGGUCAGACGGUGGAGCUGUUGGAGCGGCCCAGUGAGCGGCCCGGUUGGUGUCUGGUCCGAACCACCGACCGCAGCCCACCCCAGGAGGGACUGGUUCCCAGCUCCACACUCUGCGUGUCCCACUCGCGUUCCAGUGUGGAGAUGGACUGCUUCUUCAGCUCGGGGAAAGAAAACUAUCCCGUCAGCAGUUCUGAUGGAAAGACGGAGUCAGUAGCGAACCUCCAGCCGCAGCCGUCCCUCAGCUCGCUGCAGUCCAGCUCUCCUGGUCCCAAACGCUCCGGAAACACUCUGAGAAAAUGGCUGACCAGUCCAGUCCGCCGUCUCAGCCAUGGCAGCUCGGUCAAGAAGCUCCCCAAUAACAAACAGAAGAAGACAGGACCGGGAACAGGAAGAGAGGAAAGCAGGAAGAGUAUUGACCUGGGACACACUGACCUUGCCCUGCAUGAUGACAUCAUCGAUGAGAGAGUCCUCAGUAAGGACGGUAACCUCCUCUCUAAGACGUCCUCUGGGAUGCAGAGCGGCGGGGAAGAGGAGCAGGACGAGGAGGCUCACACCCCUCUGCCUCCCCCCAUGGAGAUCAUCAAGGACCCCUCAGCUCAGGACGAUAAGUCUUCGUCCUUGCUAACGUCUCUGCAGUCGUCCUCUGAGGUGCCCAGCGCUGCAGAGCUGGUUAGCGCCAUAGAAAAACUGGUUAAAACAAAGAUGACUCUGGAGCCAGGAGCGUACCCAGGCUUCUCCUCUCUCUCUCCACCGGAGCAGACCACUCCGGUCCAGCCACGAAACCCUGAACUGGAGCAGAGAGCCAAAGCUAUGAGAGGACGAAUGUUUGUUCUGAACGAGCUGAUUCAGACAGAGAAGGACUACGUCAAAGACCUGGGCAUCGUGGUGGAGGGUUUCAUGAAGAGGAUCGAGGAAAAGGGCGUCCCCGAUGACAUGAAAGGAAAAGACAAAAUCGUCUUCGGGAACAUCCACCAGAUCUACGACUGGCACAGAGAAUUCUUCGUAGGAGAGCUGGAGAAAUGUCUCGAAGACCAUGAACACCUUCCCGAGCUCUUCAUCAAACAUGAGAGAAGACUCCACAUGUAUGUGGUUUAUUGUCAGAACAAGCCUAAGUCGGAGUUCAUCGUAGCAGAAUAUGACACAUAUUUUGAUGGAAUCCAGCAGGACAUCCAGUCUAGGUUGAGCAUCAGUGACUUCCUCAUCAAACCAAUCCAGAGAAUCACUAAAUACCAGCUGUUACUGAAGGACUUCCUGAAGUUCAGCACAAAGGCAGGCAUUGACUGCGAACAAAUAGAGAAAGCAGUAGAUUUGAUGUCUCAGGUCCCUAAACUGUGUAACGACAUGAUGAAUUUGGGUCGGCUGCAGGGAUACGAGGGUAAACUGACCUCUCAGGGCAAACUGCUGCAGCAGGAAACCUUCUUUGUAACAGAGCAGGACGCCGGCGUCCUCUCGCGCUCCAAAGAACGGCGAGUUUUCCUCUUUGAGCAGAUCGUCAUCUUCAGCGAGCUGCUCAGGAAAGGAUCGUCCACGCCUGGGUACCAGUUCAAAAAGAGUAUCAAGGUGUCCUACCUUGGUCUGGAGGACAGUGUGGACAACGAUCCCUGUAAGUUCGUCCUGUCGUGUCGCGGCUCGUCGGAACGUUUUACCCUGCAGGCUGCCAACGUGGACAUCAAGCAGGUCUGGGUCCGACACAUCCAGGAGGUCUUGGAUGCUCAGAGCAACUUCCUGUCUGCUCUGCAGUCUCCCAUUGAGUACCAGAAGGAGAAAGGCGGAGCAGGCAGCAGCUCCUCGCUGACCAGAAACCUCUCGUCCUCGGGGAACAGGCCCGCCUCGUCCUCGCACAGCCGCCCAUCCUCAGUGGUCGGCCUCGGCGACAAGGAGACAGAGAGGGGGCGGAGCCAGAUGAAAGUGUCUACCUCCAAUGGCGGUUCAUCAUGCUUCGACUCGAGGGACAGCGAAGGCGGCUGCAAUGGCGUCUCGUCCACCAUGUCGGUCACUCAGGACUACUCGGCGCUCAAAGAGAACGAGAUCUGCGUCAGUCAGGGAGAGACCGUCCAAAUCCUGGCCACCAAUCAGCAGAACAUGUACCUCGUUUACCGGCCAGCCAACAUCCAGUCACCGGCCGCAGAGGGCUGGGUGCCGGGACACGUCUUAGGCCCACUCACAAAGUCCAUAAAAGACUCUUCUUCUACUUCCUCCUUCCCCACGGCGGUGGCCGAUGCCAACAACAUCAAGAAGUCUCUGUCAUGGAAUACACUGCGUGCCAGGAAGCGCGCUGAAGCCAAGGACGUCUCCUCGUUGGGGGUUAGAGGCCAGGAGAAUGGCCUCCUCCGUAAGCCCAAAGAAACCACACCCCCUCCCACGCUCGCCUCCCCCGCCACCAGGGCGAAGGGCAAAGAGGUUCACACUUCAGAUGAGUCAGACUGUGAUGAUGACCUUGACCCAAAGACAGGCAUGGAGCUUCUCAACCCAAACUUCAUCCAGGAAGUGGCCCCAGAGUUCCUCGUCCCUCUGUCAGAUGUGGUGUGUGCGUUCGGGGAGACUGUGGUCCUCUGCUGUAAAGUGUGUGGGCGACCUAAACCUUCCGUUACCCUGAAGGGCCCCGACCAGAACCCGGUGACCAGCAACAGCCGCUUCACCAUAGACAUCAGGGACACAGGGGACAUCUUGUUGAAGAUCUGUAAUCUGAUGCCUCAGGAUACUGGGAUCUACACCUGCGUUGCCGUUAACGACCACGGCUCUGCCUCCUCCUCCGCCUCCAUCAAAGUGCAAGGCAUCCCAGCAGCCCCUGGGAGACCGGUGGCCCAGGAGGCCAGUAGCACGUCGGUGAUGGUCCACUGGCCACCUCCGGCUUCAUCCGCUCACUGUGCAGUCAGCAGCUACACUGUGGAGUACAGACAGGAAGACUCGUUGCUAUGGCAGCAGGUGGCGAGCAGCAGAGAGGAGUGUGUUCAGAUCGACACUCUGAUCCCUGGAGGUCACUAUCAGUUCAGAGUGCGAGCCUCCAACCGCUGGGGGGUCGGCCCGCCAUCCGAGCCCUCAAAUAUGGUCACACUACCCAGCAGCAUAUCUGGGUAUGAUGGGACAGGGAUCCAGUGGAAAGAAAACUUUGAAUCCACCUUCUCAGAGAUCUGUGAGAUUGGAAGGGGGCGAUUUUCAGUGGUGAGAAAAUGUCUCAACAAGUCAACAAAGAAAGAGGUUGCAGUUAAGUUUGUGAGCAAGAAGAUGCAGAAGAAGGAGCAGGUGGCUCACGAGGCGGACGUCCUCCUGCACGUACAGAAUCACCAGCUGGUGGCGCUGUUGGACACAUAUGAGUCUCCCACCUCUCUGAUGCUGAUCCUGGAGCUGCUGGAGGAUGGUCGUUUGCUCGAUUACCUCGUCGCCCACGAUGAGCUGAUGGAGGAGAAGGUGGCGUUUUUUAUCAGAGAAACACUAGAGGCCCUGCAGCACCUUCACACCUGCAGGGUGGCACACUUGGAUCUGAAGCCUGAGAACAUCAUGGUCGACCUCCGCUCUGCUACCCCGUGCAUUAAGCUCAUCGACCUCGGCGAUGCCGUCCAGCUGUCUGCUCAUCGCCGCUAUGUCCACCUCUUGCUUGGAAACCCAGAGUUUGCUGCACCCGAGCUCAUCCGUGGUACGCCAGUCUCUGUCGCGACAGACGUGUGGAGCGUGGGCGUGCUGGCCUACGUGAUGCUCAGUGGCGUUUCCCCAUUUCUGGAUGAAUCGCCAGAGGAAACCUGCGUCAACAUCUGCCGCCUGGACUUCUGCUUCCCGGACGAAUACUUCCGUGACGUGAGCCAGGCGGCGAGGGAUUUCGUGUCCUCGGUGCUGCAGCAGGAUCCCAGGAAGAGGCCAAGCGCUACUUCCUGUCUGCAGCACCCCUGGGUGGGUCGUGGGGGUGCCCAUGGUGGGGAAUACUCCAAGACGCCUCUGGACACGACCCGGCUGGCCACAUUCAUAGACCGCAGAAGACAGCUACAUGACGUCAGGCCCAUCACUAAUAUCAAAGGGCUGGUGAGCAGCAGCAUGGGCAACACACUGUGAACGAGAGGAGCUCUCACUCAAUAACAACCCCUCUGUGACCACCAGGGAACCCACAAUAACUCUACAGUAUAUCUGAAGCAUUUAAUUAUCUUUAGUAUUUAUUAAUGUGUGAGUGGGACAGGGAGUCGGUGCCUGGAUCCUUCUUGUGGUGCGAUAUUUCAUCUUCUUGACCACUACAGUAGGGCCCUCUGGAGCAAACUGAUAAGCAGAAAAAAUCUGUGAAAUUUACAGCUGUACAAUAUUUAAUUGCUGACUAACACUUCAUCCGAUCUUCAUUCACCUGGUAUCAAUACAAAGUGGAUCCUAUAAACUGCCCAGACACCCCGUAAAGAACCCAAAGAAAUUAGCCCAAAUGUGCAAAGAAUGAGCGUUCAGAAAACUCACUGUGAGCAGGCAUGAUGGCGAGAUAUUGGUUUAUAUUUGUACUGUUUAUUUUUCCAGGGACAGAUGAUAUAUUGGAGGCAAGCGCCGUUAUGUUGAGCUACUCUUGUCUUAUUUACUUGGCUCUGCAGAAGAACACUGGGGGGCAGCACGGAGUCCUGCAGGGAUCGACCUCGCUAGCUAUCUGUCCAGCAGAGUCACACUCACUGAGGAGCAUUUUACCAGCCACGCUCAGCUAACAGGUUUAGCCCCACAUGUGAUAUUCUGCCUGAAAUCAUCCCGUUGGUCAGCAAAAAUGGUAAUGUUUCUGAUGUAUUUGUAGUCAUCUAGUCUGAUUUGAAUUAGUAUCAUGAGAAACUCUCAUGGAGGAUUAAAGAGUCUGAACAGCUUUCAGAGAGAAUAUGACUGAUCCCAGCUGAUAGAUGUGCUAGAGGAGUUAGAAACGUGCAGCUUUUUAAUGCUGGCUUAGUUGCUGUUCUUAUCCCCAGGCUCUUCUAGUGUUUUUCCAUCCAUUAGCAGAUUCUUGGAACCUUGGUGCUCUGAAGCGAACAAGCCUACGUUUAAACCAGUUUUGAGCAGAAACCAUUGUAAUCAACAGAGGGCGCUGCACAAUGCUCAACCACCUGUAGAAUAUGGCACGCCUACUUUGGUUCCGAAGGAAAACCUGCUAUUCUUUUGGUUCCAGCUGGGAACAAACCUUUCUGGGUUCGGAACCAAAUCAUUUUUGGUCCAAAUGUUCAAAACUAGGUCCCUGAAUCAGAACGGAGUCGGCUCCCAAAAAGACCUGUUAGUGAGCCGAGCCAGGGUCAGUGACCUAUCCAAGAACACUCUGACAGCAUACCUGAAGCCUGCCGCACACACAGUAGCUUCAGUGAGAAAGAAGACUGAUAACUAGGAUGAGGAACUGAGUGAUCAAGAAUGUUGUAGAAAGAACUUAUGAAUGAAACGCGAGGUGUAACAGGGUCCGUCUCUCACUCAAUAGUACGGAUAUUUGUGUGCUGAAGCAUCCCCACAAACUGAAAACGCCAUAAAUUCAUCUCGCUCGUUCAAACUUUGACUGUCGUUAGUUGGAUUGUCUGCACACAGGAAAUGGUCAGUUCAAAAAAGUGUCUGCUAAACGGCAGCAGGCAAGUAACCUGGACUGGACUGGACCGGACCGCUCAUGUCACCACAGAGGAUUUCUGGAUCAUUGGAUCCAAUAAAAAAACAGUUCAACAAUGGGAUGGGAUGGGAUGCAACAGGAGUUUUGCUGUGAUAUACCUUUAAUUUAUUGAAUGUUUAUUUAUUUCAGAACUGAGGCUGAGAGUGAAAUCACACUUGCAAUGGUGACCUGCACCAGGUGGAGCUGACAUAAGAAAACUGAAUAAAACUGAGCUGAACUGAGCUGAACUUAGUAGAACAGUCCUGGAUAAACAGUGUUGUAGUGAGCUGCUGGAGAUUCCUUCAAAUCACUGACAGAUCUAUACUGAACUGUGCUGGACUGUGCUUGGAGCAAACAGAGGACUACUGGACCUUACACAGGAUUCACUGAGACAGAAAAGGCACCAUUGAGACUGAAAUCCUUUCUCUUUAGGACAACUAUCAUUUCUUCGUAUCACUGUUUACAAAUACUUUGUCCAGAAAAAUGCUUAGGUAGUUUACAAAAAUGUAGAAUAAUCAGGGAAAACCUGCAUGUAAUUUCACCAGGGAUGAUUUAGAAAUCUGUGUUUCUAGAGCAAAAACCUGUGACCUUUGGUGUUAAGGUGGAUCAUGAAUUCCACCCUUGUACAUUUGUCCACCAGCCACUGUGGCAAGUAACCAACUAUAGUGUUUGGGUCCCAUUCAUUUGGCUUGUAAAAUAGUUUUUGUGGCUGCUGAAUCGGUGUUGGAUUUAGACAGAGAGUCUAGAGUCCAUUUAGGGUCCUGUUUGUACUGAUGAAUGUAAUUUCUCGUAGAAUGUGUUCUGCCAUCACAAGUGCUGUGCAAGUACUGCUUUCACCAAAUGCUUUCGCUUUCACACCGCUCCCCUCUGACUGUUUUGCAAGCAUUUAGCGUUCUACAAUAGUAAGCAUUUAUUUUCAUGCAGCCAGGGAUGCAGAAAAGUGCAAAUGUAUGCAACCCGCUGUUCUGUAGAAGCAACUUUCACCUUUGAGGUCUAGUACAACAACAUCCAUGCAAAUGUGCAAGUGUAUUAGUUUGUGUUUAUCAGUGCAGCUGUUAUAAAAUCUAUUCAGGUACCAGAGGAACAGCAGUCUGCUGUUUCACCUCAGUUUCAUCUUCUCAGCAGGGACUUUGGAUCAGUAACGUUGGAAGUUUCAGCUUUCCUAAAAGGAAAAUUCAACCGACCGACCCCCCAGGAUGCAGUUCUAGGCAGGAAACACACAAUUUCUAUAUCCUGAGGGGUCUGAGAUACAGUUAUCUCAUCAGCAUGGCAGCACACUCUGUAAACAUUACACAGCAUUACUUGUAACACGUUUUAGUCUCCUCCUAAUACACAGAACAGCGUUGUGUUAAAUGGUUAAAAAUAAAUAUGAAAAGUGUGUACAGUUAACUGCUAACUCAACUGAAUGGUUCUGACAACAUCAGUGCUGAAACAAUCAAUCCAUUCAUACAUCGAUAGUGUAAUCAAUAUUGAAAAUGUGUAUUAGGUAUAGUUAUUAGUAAACAAAUAAUCACAUUAAUAAACACAGACAAAUUAUGUAAUUUAGGAUUGUUACUGGAGCACAGAGCAAAAAGGGGCGGGACUUAGGAAGAGUCAUUUGAAGGUAUUCCUGAAUGCCUGAAGUAAGCAAAUGUAUGUUGCUCAAAAAGAAAAAAAUAAAUAAUGAAGAUGAAAGAUAUUUAGGGCCAAACAUAAAGCUCUGUUGCAGUCUGUGGUCCCUAACAGGUUACAGGUCAGUUUGAGCAGUGGACCACAUGGAAACUCUACAGCUUUGUCCCCACAGGGCACGGGUACUUUUCUCUUUGUUUAAAUUUCACCUGAAAAAUUCAAAUCUGUGCUCUGCAUUGUAUGUUAGCCUAGCACUCAGGGUCUCCAUGAGCUAUAGACUAUAACCCAGCCUUCAAAAUGCAUAUUACAGCAAUUCACCUGAAUAAGCUGUACUGAGGUCUGUAUUUCUGUCUUGUUAAAAUUGCUAAUAGUUUCCUGUAAAGACAACAAUUCAUCUGCAACCUCUGGAGGGAGAUCUUUUUAAAUACUGUUUUCCUGCUUUUUCAUGACUGAAAUAAAUGUUUCCCAGUCUGCCCAUCAGGAUUUAAAGUGACAAUGAAAAUACUAAAAUAUGAUAACGCACUAGUAGUGUACAGUAUGUACAGUAUAUAUUUCUGUCUAAAACCAGAACAGCUUCGCCCUCUGAUUGCUUCAGUCAUUCUCUUAACCCCGGUCUGACCUGCACAGCAGCAGAGGCUUGGUUUUAACUCUCUGAAGAGCUGAUCUGUUGGCUGUCUAAACCACAUGACAUAAUGAGGGAAUCUGCUACUGAAUCAAAACACCAGUUAUGCCAUUGUCCAAGCAACCAGUGCUUCUGCUGGCCCUAGAAAGUUUGAGGCAUCACUCUUUAACCUUUGGCCCUCCGGUAUUCACAUGCUUCCUCUGUCUUAUCCCAGGUGUACAACUGCAACCUAUACGCUUACCUUUGGGCUUGGCUCCUGACUCUGAGAAAAACAUAUGGACAGAUAGAAUUACAUAUGGAUGUAUGCUUCAAAAACUGAUCACUACAACCAGUUUAGCAUUUUGGCUGAGAUGACUGAGUCUUCAGUCAUUAAUGCCAGUGGUGGAAGAAGUUCUCAUAUACUCAUAAUGCAGAGCAGCCCAAUUCAGAAUCAUAUUAGAUUAUAGUUACUGAUGCAGUAAUAUGAGGUAAGUUGUGACAUAGUGAACAUUUAACCCAAAUGACUGAUGAGUUUCCCCUCUGACACUCUCCUUAUAAUACAUCCCUGAUCGCUGCACACAGGUCUGAUGGAAGCUUCCUCACACUGAUACAUGGAACAACUCCAGCUCCUAAUAAUCGCACAGUAGUGAAUGGAAACAAGCAUUCAUUCGCAUUUUAUUUUGCCAAUUUACAUUUGGUUGGAAACUUGCAGAAUAUAUGAGAAUGUUGCAGCUGGUAAAGUGGAGCUAAUUUGAAAUACUUUAUAUACUGCUGGGUGUCUUCUGAAUCUUCCCUGGGAUUGAUAAGUCUUAUCUUAUCAGACCUAUAACAAAAAAUAACGUAUAAUAUUGAUUAUAUUUUGUAUUAAUGUGAAUCUAAGUAAAAAGUACAAUAUUUCCGUCUGAAUUGUUGUGCACUAGGAGUGUAUUUAGUACCUCAAAACUGUACCUACUUAAGUAAAGGUACUUAGUUACUUUCCACCACUGGUAAAUGCGUACAUCUCUUCAAGCCACAGUACAACAUGAUCACUGCUGCGGUCACGUGUCCCUGCCGUCCUCUGUCGUAGACACAACCACAGAUCUUCUCCUCCAAAGGGUUCAACUCCAGGCCGCCUGUCCCAGUGUCCAUUCAGUCCCAAUCCCACAAUGCAUCUGUCAUGGCUUGGUGAGCCACGUAGCACCGUGGUGGCUCCACCCUGUUGAAUGCUAGUCUGUGCUGUGUCCUGCUAGUGUCCAUGCUGAGCUUUGUCCAAACAUUAUGCUGAUGGCUUCAUGUUGCUGUGUGAAGCAGCACACGUCUGUAUAGGCUGCCUCUUCUUACUCCAUACAACCUGCUGGUUUGUUACUCUUUACUAAUAAACAACCUGCUUGUUUGUAUUUUC